UUCAUGCCACCCCCACAAUGCCAUCUCUACUCUGUCCUCUUUCAGCAUCACCCCAACAUGCCAGUGACACACACCAUACCACUCUACCCUCCCCUGCUGCAGAACACUUUGGGAACAGAGCACAGGAGCAGUAUUGCACAGUGUCAAAUAUCUCCAGUUUGCUCAAGUAAAACUGGGGAUUAGAUCCAGCAUAACCAACGGAAGCUUCCUACCCCUGGCCUUCUCUCAAACAUUGAACCUACUCCACCCAAACCGGAAUGUGCUUGGGGUGUAACAAGUAGGCUGAAGGAGUCAGAGCUUCUGGUCCAGGGUUUCUUACCACACAGACACUCAGUGCAUCCUUGAAUGCUCGCUGGGAGUACCCAGACAGGGGAGCUCCAGCAGCAGAACAUUGAAACUCACCCAGGAUUACAGAUGACACAACUCCUCACUGAUCUGGUUUGCACCCCAGCAUGUGAAAAUGGCUUAGGGUUUCAAGUUUCCCAACCUCAAGUGAUCUCCCAGCUGGAACAAGGGGAAGAGCCAUGGGUCCCAGACCUCCAGGGUUCUGAGAAAGAAGUGCUUCCGAGAGCUGCCUGCACAGAUGAGGAAACAUUAAACCAACUCAGAAUCUCAGGUGAUGCAAUGGUAUGUGAGAAAGAGAAGCAGAAUUCUCAUCAAGAAAAUGUUGAGCAAAUGGAUAAACACAGAGAUUUAUCAGAAAGAUUGAAAAGGAAUGUGUCCAGGAGUCAUGAGCAGGGAAAAUCCUGUGAGAUUCAGCACAGACCAGAAAGAGAGCAGGGAAACCAGCCGGGGGAGAAAGUGGGUAAAUUUAUUUCCUGUCGGGGAACUCACAAGGACCUAAAGGAAACCACAACACAGCAGGAAGUCCUCAGGGGAAAGAGGAAAAAUACAUGCACUGAGUGUGGGAAAAACUUCACUUUCAGAUCAGGCCUUUCUGAUCAUCAGAGAAUCCACACAGGUGAGAGGCCGUAUGAAUGCAGUGAGUGUGGGAAAAGGUUCACUCAAAGAUCAGGCCUUUUUCAACAUCAGAGAAUCCACACAGGAGAGAGGCCCUUCGAAUGCAGUGAGUGUGGGAAAAGUUUCACUCAAAGAUCAGCCCUUUCUGAACAUCAGAGAAUCCACAGAGGGGAGAGGCCCUAUGAAUGCACUGAGUGUGGGAAAAGCUUCACUCAAAGAUCAGCCCUUUUUACACAUCAGAGAAUCCACACAGGUGAGAGGCCCUACGAAUGCAGUGAGUGUGGGAAAAGCUUCACUCAAAGAUCAGGCCUUUUUGAACAUCAGAGAAUCCACACAGGGAAGAGACCCUACAAAUGCAGUGAGUGUGGGAAAACCUUUACUCACAGAUCAGGCCUUUUUCACCAUCAGAGGAUCCACACAGGGGAGAAGCCCUACGAAUGCAGUGAGUGUGGGAAAAGCUUCACUCAAAGAUCAACACUUUCUGAACAUCAGAGAAUCCAUACAGGAGAGAGGCCCUACGAAUGCAGUGAGUGUGGGAAUACCUACUCUUGGCACUCAGCCCAUGUUAGGCAUCAGAGAAUCUGCAAGGGAGAUCAACACCAUAAAAACCUCUAGGGCUAUCGAUACUUUUUUCUUUAAUAAUUUUCCUGAUUCCCACAUAGUAACUUUUAAAGCUGUUUGAACUGUUUGCAGCACACUUAUUCCUCAGCUUGCCAAGAUGAGUGGCCCAUUUUUGCCUUUUGCAGUUCACCCUCUUUUGAGUUGGACCUAUUUGUCUUUUCUCUUGUCCCAUGAGUAAUUUGUGUGCCCUUCCUAUCAGGAAGCAGGGAGCAUCACAUUUAUACCAUUCCUCCUAUUGCAAAGUUAUUGUUAGUUACCAAUGAUACAGAUUGUAUCAUUGCCAAUUGUUUUCAUGUUGCUCUGGGUUGUGCUGAAGAGCAGUUAUAUUGGGAACUUUUCAAAUUAUAUGUAAAUGAAGAGGAGCAGAGGCAGAAAAAAGUGUCAUUUCAGCAUCUGUGACACUGGAAGGAGAUGGGGUGACUCAGUUCUGGAGUGAUGUGGAAAGAGGGAAUCUCUGUUACAUUUUGUCUGAACCAGGCAGAGUUUAUCUUCAUCACAUUCCAUCCAUCCACUUCAGAAAGUGUCAUGUGAUGAAGCAUUCUCCAUUGUCUGUGCUUGAAGAUGAUGCUUUGACUUUUUUAAUCCUAUAUCAGAGUCGCUAUGACUGGAGAUGAAAGUGUCAAAGACCUGGAAGGGGAAUUCAAAUGGAUCCCAAACACAGUGUGAUCAUUUGGUGUUUAAAUCCCAGGUUCCAUUUUUGGUAAAGCCAUUCUGGCAAGGUGGCUAUUUUCCCCCUCAUGCAGAUGCUAGGAUUCUAAACAUUUUGUAAAUAACAUCACUCAGCACUGUCUCAAUAGUCAGUGCUGAGUGAAGUAUGUUUGAAUGGAUCAGAGGAAAAUGUGAUGGGAGAAUCUCUUGUCCUGAUUCUGAAUAAUCAGAUGUAACCUGCUCUUGAAUUUCACUUGACACUUUCAUUGUCAUAUAUUCUGUCUCUCUGUGAUGUGAGUUUCUAUCUUUUCUGAAGGCUGUUUGGUCACCCAAUUGGAUAUUAGUUCAGUUUGACAGGAUGUAGCUCGGAUUUAUUGGAGAAUUUAAGAGAAAUGACUAUUUGCUAAAGUCGUCAUUUCUCACUUCAGCUUUGCUUUAUCCCCAUCCCUCCACAAUGACAUGGAGAAAGUUCAAGUGCAGUUCUGUAAACAGGAGAGAAAUCUCCAAUUUAUUGGACAUGCUAACAAAGAAACAGCAGUGAUUUAAAAUCUCCACUUGGAAAUGGUGAACAACAACAGAACCCAACUAACUAAAGGAAGUGCAUAUGAUCACAGUGUUGAAGUCGAUAUUGUCUCAGAUGAUCUAGGGAGAGAAUUCCACGGUAAGUGGAUUUGAACUAGGCAAAAUGCCCAUGUAUUUCAUUCCCAAUGCAUUUGUAACCCAGGCUCCACAGAAGAUCUCUCCUAGCUAAUCCUAUGCUAUGGGAGAUGCUGCCCUUCAUGACGCAGAUAUUGAGGAAAUAGAAGUGGGGUUUUUGUUGAAGUUAUCCUUUGUAGGUGCUAAAAAUGUGUAUAAAAUGAAAUUAGUGUUGGAAAUCUAAAAUAGCUGCAAAAAAUAGCUAUUUUUGAAUAGAAACUCCAGCUCUGUUAACUAACAGAGACUCUGAUCCAUACCUGUAUCCAGGCCCUUGCCUGGAACUGUGCCACCAAAUUAAAUUAAAACUCGGCAUGUUUUUGGAAGCCAUUCCUUACCAACACUGCUGAGAUUUGGAGUGGUUUUGUAAAGGAUUCUACUUCAGAGAAGUGUAAAUUUACCCUAACCAAGACCAAGGAUUUGGAAAGAACUGGGGUUGAAAGAGUCCACACCCAGUUCUUGGUUUCCACCUCAGUAAAGGAAGCUAUGGUGACCAAUGACCCAAGGAAAAUUGUUUGUACAACUCCACUUACUAGUGUCACUGAUUACAGUUCCAAAAUUUGCCAGGGUUAGACUGAGGAACAAUCAUCCUUCACCGUUUGGAUGAAAAGAGAGAGUGCUUCAUAGGACAUUCCUUCCCCGUGGAUCCCAACCUUGCUGCCUGAUUGGGUAAUAAGGACUGUUAGCCUAUAGAAAUGAUGGUAACCAAUGAGGCAAUGGAUGUGUCAGGCUUCAAUUUCAGACUUCCGGAUAUAUGCAUGUUGAGUCCUGAUUCUAUGUUUUUGUGUCUGACGCUCUGGCUACACAAUAAAGCUGACGUUGGCGCAGCUGCACCAAUGUAGCUGUGCUGCUGUAGCACUGCUAUUACAGAUGCUCUCAGCCAAUGGGAGAGAUCUCUUCCAUCGGACUUUAUUAGUCCAGCCCCCACAAGCGGUGGUGGCUAUGUUGGCAGGAGACGCUCUCCUGCUGAUGUAACACUAUCUACACAGGGAGUUAGGGCUGUGUAACUAUUUUGCUAAACUGUGUGGAUUUUUCACACCCCCGAGCAAUAUAGUUAUACUGAUCAAUGUCUUUAGUUUUCUCUUGUGUUUUAUGCAUUUACAUCACUUCUCCUCUACCUCCUCCUACUUUGAAAGAUUAAAAAGUGUGAAAAGAGAGGUAUUUUUCCUCAUGAUGCAAACAUUCCCACAUAGGAGACCCCUUCCACCAACACACAUGGCAGAAGAACUAAAAAUAUAUGAACCCACAGAAGUGGUUGGGACCUACGUUGGGACAAACCACAACUUGAGCCAAGGUUCAGUUGUUGGCAAAGGGGAUUAAAAGAAAACUAAUAUAUAUGACAAGAAUUUGAGAUCUUUGAAUAUGUUAGUGUUACUGGUGAAAAUGAAAUUAUAGGUGAAAGUUAUUGGUUAAAGAAUAAGACACUCAUUGUGUGAUAACUUUCAGUUUUCCAGAAUAAUUCAGAUUAUCUUGUUUUUUGUUUUGUUAGUCAUAGAGGACAUGAUGGCUAAUCUUGAAAAGAUAAUUUGAUUUAAUUUACCCCCUGUAGUAUAAGGUGUUCUGGUAGAAAACCUCACUCCAAAGGUUGGGGUGGGAGAAUAUGUGUGAGAAAGUGUAUAAGAGAAUAUUGGCCCAGUGAAAACUACUCAAGGAGACAAGUUGUAUAAGUUUUUACCCACUUAGACUGUAAGAGUCACUGACUUCCCCACUUCUCUAAUUUGCAAAGGAAAGGCAUGACAUCUGUCAUAGCAUGUGUCCAGAAAGUAUGAAAGCUGCAGUCGUCAACCAUCAAUAUCAAGGAAAAGGCUGAAGUCCAUUGCUUUUCACAUCAAAAAGCCAUCUAAAGGCUGGUCUACGCUGAAAAGCUAUGUUGACAUAGCCACAUCUCUCAGGGGUGUGAAAAAUCCAUUCCACUGAGAGAAGUAGUUAACGUGACCUGAGCCCCAGUGUAGACAGUGUUAGGUUGUCAGAAGAAUACUUCCAGUGUUUGAAGUGUUGAUCCUAGCCUUAGGCAGAUUGAUCCCUUAUGGGAAGCAAGUCAUGACAUCAAUUCCAAUUUUGACUCAUCUCCCUGCAUGUGAGAAAGCUACUAGUACAGAGGGCUGAGCCAGCUGUCCGAUCGCCUGGUUCCUCAACUGUAGCUACAGCUCUUAGUACCCAUCAAAUCAAAGACUGAGAGAAAUGCAGAGUUUGAACCAUUGCCAUUUUAGUAUCUUAUUGUUCCUUUCUCUAUUUUUGUGCUGGCCUUUCUAUUAUAUCAGGGUGUGACUGUAUAACUCAGUGCAUGUGUGACAAAAACUCAUUGGUGCCAAUUGGCAAAGGGGUCACUGUUGUUCACAAGCAACUUCUUUAUCAGACCUGACAAACUCGCCACACCUAAUGCACAUAUUUUAUUAUAUUUAUCCAGGAAGCAUAGUAGUGAGAUCUCUAAUGAAAACUUGUAAAUUAUUGAUACUCCUAAUCACUGAGAGAGAUCUGUAUGAGUCAUACUGAAGGAGUAAUGUAAGUACAUGGAAAAUUAUGCCCAUAUGGUAUUGUCAUGAAAGUGAGUCGCUCCAAUCAUGGGUCUUGGUGGGGAUGGCCCAUUCCAGUGGGAGGGAAUUGCCAUUCCUCCCUUGCUAGCUAGUUAUGUGAUGUAUUGCUCCAUUGUCAACCUUUGCACCAAACCAGAAAAGCCAAUGGAAAACUAUCAAAGACAAACUAUAGAUAGAAACCGUGUGAUGUGAAAAGGAUGAUAUGACAAUGAGGAGAUGGUCCUUUCUGUGAAUAAAGACAAAAGACUGAUUCAGUUUAAAACAGGGUGGAGAAAAACACUCUGGGUCCAUUUACCAAAGAGAUCUCUAAUGACUAGUGGUACUUCAUGAAAGGCAGGGCCAUGGCUCUUAGGACUAGCAAUCUCUGCAAUAGACUGAAAUGUGAGGUGAGAAUCUAUUUAGAUAGGGAAAGGUAACUAUUAAAAAUGUAGGUUCCAUUUUGUGAUUUUGUUCUGUUGGUAAUGGUUGGUUUCCAUCACUCACAUUUGUUUCUGUUUAAAUCUCUAUCCCUUGUUAAAUAAAUUUCCAUUUGUUCAAUA